CAUAUACUUAUCUUAGUAUUUGGAACCAUCGCUGAAGAUCUCCCAGCGGAAGAGCCACUUUAUUUGGAAAGUGAAGAUGAACUUUACAGCGCAUCCGUUGUAGGACUAUUAAAGCUUUUGGAAAUUGAAAGAACGUAUAUGCAGGCUGUUAAUAAGUAUGCCUCGGCAUUACAGCACAAAAUAGAUGAAAUACAAAUUUACAUACAGUCACUAAAGAGAGGAAGGCAUGACAACUUUCAAGAAGGCGUGCGAUUUGUGUCCAAUUCUCUAAACGCCUUUGCACUCAUCAGACGUCUACACCAAGAUUGGCCCGCAUGGCACACCUACAUGAAAAGAUCAGUUGAAAAAGAUGAAGUGCAGGUCAUAGAGGAUCUUCUGAAAAAAGCCCCCACUGUGGCUGAUAUGAACGAAGCGUUGCUGGGCAUGCAUCGCAUAGAGAAGACGUACGGCCUAGAACCCAAAGAUAUUGCCAACGGCCGACUACAGGGGAAGCAGUAUGACAUUCAGCUUUUCACACGCGAUUGCUUAACCUUGGUUAAGCACAAAAUAAAGAAAGAAGACUACGGCAGUGCAAUACAGUGGUUUCGUAUUGCCCUACAAAAAAAGCACAACCCGCAUGAAAAUAUAUAUAAUGAAAUACUAGGCGCACCGUUCAACGACUCUAUCGUUUCCACCUUAGAACCUAUGAGCUCAUUUAUUGUUAAUAAAGGGAACAAGACUAUUAAUGCGAGUCAACUAGAGCAAAUAUUAAAGUCAAAUAACAACACCUGUACCGCUGAUUUGCAGCGCCUCUUACAAAAGCUAAUGAUCUCCAACAACACUCAAGAUCUCGACGAAACAGCACCCACACCCUACGAUAGAGGUUGUCGUGGACUUUUUCCUCCGCGCACCAAACUAAGUUGUCGUUACAACUACACUACGACGCCGUUUCUUAGAAUAGCGCCACUUAAAAUGGAAGAAAUCAGCGUAGAUCCCUACAUUGUCAUAUAUCAUAAUAUUGUCAGCGAUAAGGAUAUAGACGAUAUGCAUAAGGCUGCGGUACCAAAGUUCUUCAAUGGGCUGGCAGGCAUUCCUAAGAAAAAUCAAACGGAGCCUAGAGAAAUCGUUUCACGCUGUUCCUGGGUAACUAACCCAUUGCCAUCUCGAGAACGUGUAAAUCGGCGCUUUAUAGACAUGACCGGCCUUGAUAUUAAAGGUAAUGCAGAGAUACAAGUGUCUAACUAUGGCUUAGGCGGGCACUUUAAGCCACACUUCGACUAUAUAUCGGAUGAUCAAAAAGAGCAGCCGGACAUAAUCGAAUUGGGAGAUCGUGUAGCUACCAUUAAUGUUUAUACUAGCGAUGUAGAACAAGGAGGAGCAACGGUAUUCCCAAACGCUGAAGUCACCAUCUUACCUCAAAAGGGUAAUGCCUUGUUCUGGUUUAAUUUGGAAAGUGAUGGCACUCCGGACCCGCGAUCAUUACACUCUGUUUGCCCAGUUAUAGUGGGCUCUAGAUGGACAUUCACCAAAUGGUUACGAGAAAAGGCUCAAGUCUUUACCCGGCCCUGCGUAAGACGCUAAAUAAUAAAAAAGUAACCCAAUAGGACAAGCUGGUAAUUCUCUCGAAAUAUAUUUAAUUUGUCCCCAUAAAGCACACACAUCACAUUUUAUUUAUCUGUUGGAAUUU